AUGAUUAAGAAGCAUUGCCUGGUACUGCCGUUGGUUUGGACGUUGUUUCAAUUGUCCUACGUGCUGUGCAAUAAAUUAUCUCCGGUACAAAACAAUGAAUUGGCCACGCGAAUCAAGCAUUACGCUGAACUGUAUGGCUAUUACAAGACUGCUGAAUGCGUAGCAUUAUUGGCAGUCACCACACCAGAAAUCAAUUGGAAUGUGACGGUUUUUAACUAUGUUAUACGCGACACCAAGAAGCAGAUAUAUGUGAAAAAUGCCCUGGAGUAUCUGAACAAACUGAAAAAGGACUCUAAUUGGAAGAACGUGAACUAUCUAUCUCAGCUGUAUGAACAUCAUUUGAAUUUCUCCAAAACUGUUCAAGAAAAGUUCCAUCGUAAUGCUGCAAAAGUAGUUGCUUCCAAAUUGGGGAACAAAAAAUCGAAAAUUGACCUGACUACAGUCUUUAAUAACUUCACGAAAUCUCUUGGCAAUGCAUGGGCGGCUAGAAAGGAUCUGUAUACAACAGCAGCUGUGAACUUUGCAACUGCAAACAAGCUGGUGAAUCCUAAAAUCAUUAAUGAAAGUGUACUUCUUGCCGAAGAAGACUUGCAGGUAUCUAUGGAAAAGGAAUUCGUGCAAUCAAGAGAUAAUGUUGAGCGGAAAUGUUUUCAAAUGUCAGGAAUGCAACUAGAUCGAAAUGCUGUCGAUGAAUUCCUGACGAAAUCAAAUUCGACAAAUGAAAAAAUAUCUGAAUUCAAAAAUGCUGUUGUUCAAAUGAUUUCUGAAGUACAAAAGUUUGAGAAGUUCAGAAUUGACAGGUUUCCCAGGCAGAUACCAUUGAGUAUUAUCAUAACAGCUGUCAAUACAAUGUUUCGAGAGGGUUUACAUGAAUUUGGUAGGAAAGAUAAAUGAAACACAGUGAACGUGGACUGCUCAUCAACUGACAAAUUUUCAUUCUUUGAUGGUGGUGGUCGUGGUGGUGGUGGUGUAAUACUAAUUCAUAUUAAUAAACAUUUUCUCUUUUUCAAAAUCAGUUCUACCAACAA